ACCUGCAGGUGUAAACAGACCGUGUCUGACCGUGCGCGGGAUCGGCAAGGGGACAAACUCAAACAAAGGCCUUCCGUCUCACAACAACAACAUCUUCGCAGCCCCCAAGACUUCUUGGAGAAAGACACCCAGGUCACCGUCUUGGAAGGAAAGCCACCCACCUUACAAGAACUACACAACUUCCAGCAGGUGUCAUCUAGGAAAUAAAGGCUCGAAAUGACGUUGUGGAGAUUUGUCUGCGUCAUCGUUGCCAUGGCGACGGCGACCUGGGACAGAUGCCACGCGCAGGACCCGGAUGAUGACACCAUGGGCGCGUUUGAACGCAUUCUCAAGGUCAACAAGGAAGCGGAGACCCUGAGCCCUGAACUCGGCGAGGCGCCGUUUGAGGGAGACAUCGCCCUGCAGUCCUGGCAGCGUCAGGCGAUUCAGGCACAGCUACAGAACCAGCGGGCGGGGGACGAAGCCGCGCUGGCUGUUGCCGCUCUGGCGACGCUCCGCUGGCCCAAGGGCGUCAUACCUUACACCAUCGACUGCAGCCUGGGUCCCUGUCGGCAUCCGCACUCUCGCACGGGCAGGGCAGCCGUCCCACCUCACGUGGCCGGACUCUCCAUGCGGUGGCCAAAAGGCGUCAUUCCAUAUACCAUAGACUGCAGUCUGCAGAACAUCCCUGCCGCCCUGACCGCCAUCCGGACCGCCAUGAGGCAGUGGGAGGACCGGACCUGCAUCCGAUUCGUCAAGAGGACGACAGAGAAGGACUACCUCGACUUCUACAGGCACAAAUAUUGCCAGUGUCCGGUGGGUCGGAUCGGCGGUCGGCAGAGGCUGUCGGUCGGUAACGGCUGCGAGUUCACCCACGUCAUGAUACACGAGAUCGGGCACGCCAUCGGCUUCUGGCACGAGCAGUCCCGCCCGGACAGGGACAACUGGGUGGAAGUCCUCUGGGACAACAUCGAACCAGAUCUUCAUACUGCCUUUGACAAGUACGGUAAGGCUGAGAUCGACUCGCUGGGAGUGGAGUAUGACUACGGCUCCAUAAUGCACUACCCGUUCAACGCCUUCCCGCGCUCGCCCGGCCUGGAGACGCUGCGGGCGCUGCAGACGGUCCACCAGCAGCCCUACCGCCAGCUCAGCGAGAAGGACGUGCUGCAGGUCCAGCUCAUGUACGACUACUGCAGGGAUCGCACCGAUUCAGACCUCCCGCCCGACGCCAAUGCUCCAGUCUGUGACGACCUGGACGCGUCCUGUCCCGACUGGGCGGAGGCGGGCGAGUGUGAGAACAACAUCAACUGGAUGCUGUACCACUGCAAACACAGUUGCAAUACAUGUGACGGCCCAUGUGAGGACAGUGAGAGCAGGUGCCCCCAGUGGGCCCGGGAGGGAGAGUGCGUGGACAACGCGGAGUACAUGUUGCUCAACUGCCGCAAGAGCUGCCGGACCUGCCGCGAACCCGGGCAGCAAGCACACUCCCCGCCGGCGGCAGAGGGACUCCUGAUGCGCCCGUUCGGCCCAGACAACCUACCGGAGGAGGCCCGCCCGCCCCAGAGAGGAGAGACGAACGAGAACAAUGUGGCGGAGCUGCUGGGAGGACCCGUCGUGGACAGGGAGAAAAAAUGUGAGUAA